UAUUUUUAUUGUACUUUCAAUAUUACCGAUGUAGCAAAAAAUAAAAUUAUGCUACUAGUAAUGGUCGAAAUAAAAAACUGGAUAUGAUGCUGAAAUUACAGUAUCAGUUAUAGAGUAUCACACUGACUCACACUGACGUGAUAUGUACUAUGUACAUUAUCUUUGUUUAUAUGAAAGACGGUUAGAAACUUUUCUUUUGUUUUUUGUUUGUUUAGUUAUAAACAUGUGUAUAUAGUCCGAAAAUUUUAGACAACUUUUAGUAUAUCACUACAAGAUUUAAAUGAAAUCAAUUUAAUACAGAUUUUAUGACAAUUCUUCGUUUAGUAUAUUUAAACACACUGUCUUAUAAAAUUAAAAAAAUAUACAGUGUUUGAUUGAUAAGCAGUGAUAAAAAUUGAAAUUUAAAUACGUUAUAAUUUCAUCGAAUUACAUUAAUAGUAUCUUUACAUCGUAUUAAAAAAGUAAAUAUGAAUAUAAGUAUGUAUCAUGACUUGAAGAAUUGGUCAAUAUUUAGUUUAUUAGAACCAAAAUUUAUAUCGAAUGUCCGUAUGGCUAUUGUAUAUGGUAAGGCAGCUAAUGAAACAUUACUUGUAACUAAGGAUGAUAUGGUGUAUGGUAUAGGAAACAAUACCUAUGGAUGCCUUGGAACAGGUGAUACUCAAAGCACUAUUUAUCCAAAGAAAAUUGAGGCAUUGUGUGGUAAAAGCGUAAAAACUUUUGCAUACGGCAAAGGUCCACAUGUCUUGGCUCUUACUGAGGAAGGAAAGGUAUAUUCAUGGGGUUAUAAUGAUUAUUGCGAAUUAGGAAACAAAUCUACCAACGAAGGUCUAACUCCAACACUUGUACCGUCAGUAUUGGAUGAUAAAUUUGUUGUUGAUAUAGCCUGUGGAGGUCAUCAUUCUCUUGCACUAACGAAUAAAGGAGAGAUAUAUGCAUGGGGUCACAAUGUAUCUGGACAAGUAGGUUGUGGUACUAUCCUUAGUACAGUUCAACCUAUACCAAAAUUGCUGAAUGUUGGAUUAAAUGGCAAGAAAGUUGUUCACAUUAGUUGUGGAGACUCAUCCAGUGUAGCAGUUACGGAUAGUGGAGAAGUUUAUAGUUGGGGUCAUAAUGGUGUUGGUCAACUAGGACUUGGAAAUUGUACUAGUCAAGUAGAGCCUCAAAAAGUAGCCACAUUUGCAAAAAUAGUAAUAGAAAAAGUAGUUUGCGGUUACAUGCAUACUUUAGCAUUGAGUGAUGAAGGUGUUCUUUAUGUUUGGGGAGCUAACAGUUAUGGGCAACUAGGUCUUAAUACAGACUCAAAUGUUUGGAUACCAACAAAGCUGGAAGUACCCGAAAUGGGAAGAAUAUUAGACAUAGUAACUUCACAUUAUCAUCACAUAAGUCUGGCUAUGAGUGAAGGCAAUCGGAUAUUUAUGUGGGGUCAGUGUCUAGGUCAGAGUAUUAAAGUUCCAACACUCACUCCACUAAAAUGUUUGUAUGAUGCUCUUGCAUAUUAUGCGUUUCCACCUGUCAUGCAUCAGCCACUUAUUUUUCACAGUGAUGCAGAAGCAAAUAUAGCAGAUAGUCUAAAAAAUGCCUUUGAUGAUCCAACCACUAGCGAUCUUGUAAUUCAAGUACAUGGAAAACCUAUUCAUGUACACAAAGCUGUUUUGAAGAUACGCUGCCAUUACUUCAGAACAAUGUUUCAAGAGCAUUGGGUAGAAAAUAGUCAAAGUAUUAUAGAGCAUGAACAAUUUUCCUAUGACGUAUACAAAACUUUCUUGAAAUACUUAUAUACUAAUGAAGUUGAGUUAUCACAAGAAAAUGCAUUAGAACUUUUAGAUUUAGCUAAUGUUUAUUCUGAAAAUCAGUUAAAACGACAUUGUAUACAAAUGAUAAAUAAAAAGAUUACAGUUACAAAUGUCGCUUAUCUAUACAGCAUAUCUAUUCAAUACAAUGCUAAGGAAUUAGAAGAAUAUUGUUUUAAAUUUGCCUUAAAUCACAUGACUGCAGUAGUACAGACAGAGGAUUUUGCGAAACUAGAUGAGAAUAUAAUGAAAACUUUCAUAGUUAAAGCUGCUCAAGCGGGUAUUUUUAAAACUUAUGGAAGAGUUUAUUUAUCAUUGUUAAUAUCAAGGAUAUAUAUAUAUACAUACAUACAUAUAUAUAUAUAUAUAUAUAUAAAGAUGUUUCUUUGGGAUUUGAAGAAUUGGCCAAUUUUUAGUUUCUUAGACUCGAAUCAUGUUUCAAAAAUUCAUAUGGCACUUGUAUAUGGUGAUUUAGGUAAUGAAGCUUUAAUUAUAACAAGGGAUAAAAUAGUAUAUGCUCUAGGAAGUAACACUUCUGGGUGUCUUGGAACUGGGGAUGAUUGUAAUACUUUUUAUCCAAAGAAAGUCGAAGCAUUAUGUGGUAAGGAUAUAAAAACUUUUGCAUAUGGUAAAGGUCCACAUGUCUUGGCUCUUACCGAGGAAGGAAAGGUAUAUUCAUGGGGACAUAACAGUCACGGUGAACUAGGAAACUGUUUUGCCAAUAAUAUGAUUCCAAUGCUUGUAACAAGAAAUUUAAGUGAUGAAUUCAUUGUCGAUAUAGCUUGCGGGAGUCAUCACUCUCUUGCAUUAACAAACGAAGGAAAGGUGUAUGCAUGGGGUGAAAAUACAUCUGGCCAAGUAGGUAAAAGUGUUAACAUAAAUGAAAAUACCCCUAUGAAAGUGAAUUCCUCAUUAGCUGGCAAAACAGUCAUUUGUAUUAGCUGUGGUCAGUCAUCGAGCAUGACAGUUACAGAUACUGGAAAAGUUUAUGGUUGGGGUUGUAACGAUGUUGGUCAAUUAGGAAUUGGAAACUAUGUUAAUCAAGUGGAUCCCUGUAAAGUCACAAUGCUUGCUGGUGUUGUAAUUGAAAAAAUAGUUUGUGGUUAUGCACAUGUUUUGGCAUUGAGUAACAAAGGAGCAUUGUAUGUCUGGGGCGGAAAUAAUUAUGGACAGUUAGGGCUUGGCAUGAAGAUGAAUAUCUGUAGCCCAGUACAGUUGAAACAAGAAGCGAUGAGAAGAGUAUUGGAUGUAGCAACUUCACAUUACAAUCACAUAAGCAUAGCUAUGGCAGAAGGUAAUCGGAUAUUUAUGUGGGGCGAGUGUUUGGGACAAAGUAUCACAUUUCCGGUACUCACUACUUUAGGAUCCUUACAUGACGUUUUCGCGCGUUAUGCAUCACCUAGAGUUAUGCAUCAACCACUUGUUCUUCAUGACGAAGAACCAGACGUGAAUUUAAUAGAUUGUUUCAGAGAAGCAUUUAACGAUCAGACUACGAGUGAUCUCGUGAUACAAGUACGAAAAAAAUUUAUUUAUGUGCACAAAGCUAUUUUAGUAAUACGUUCUCAAUAUUUCCGAACGAUGUUUCAAGAAACAUUGACCGCAAAUAAUCAGAGUGUUAUAAAACAACAAAAAUUUUCUUACGAUGUAUACAAAGCUUUUUUGAAGUAUUUGUAUACUGACGAAAUCGAUUUACCUCUGGAAAGUAUGCUAGAACUUUUGAAACUGGCAGUUGCUCAUUCGGAAAAUCAACUGAAAAAACGCUGCAUACAAAUAAUAAGGAGAGGAAUUACCGUUGAAAACGCUGCUUUUUGCUACAGUAUAGCUAUUGAGUACAAUGCUAAGGAAUCGGAGGAAUACUGUUUCAAAUUUGCGCUAAACCACAUGACUGCCGUAGUACAAACAGCAAGUUUUGCUAAAUUAGAUGAAAAUACGAUGAAAACUUUCAUAAUUAAAGCUGCUCAAGCUGGUGCUUUUAAAACAUAGUUUGUAAUAUAUUAUAUUAUUGUAUAAUAAAUAUUAUACAACGUUUAACUAUUUCAUGCUAGAAAAAUUUGUUAAAUACUGUACCUAAUACACAUUACUUGCGAUGAUAAGGUGAUUUGCAACAUGGGAUUUCAUUCAGAUUUUUCAUUGUAGUAUAUUAUUUGUACAUAGAAUCUGAAAUAAACGUUUAUUAUUUACGUCAA